AUGGACGAGGAGAUUACCUUCGGACCAAGGGAUGCGGUUCCCCUGGCUUCCGGGAACCACGAGGCCAUUGUGAUAGACAUUGUCACCAACAACUAUCGAGUGAAGAAGGUGUAUGUCGACCAAGAUAGCGCGGUUGACAUUAUGUUCUAUCGGGUGUUCAAAGAGUUCGGACUGAAGGAUGACCAGCUGACCCCGGUUUGGACACCUCUGGUGGGCUUCACUGGACCACCCAUCAGCUCGGAGGGGAUGAUCACCCUGAUGGUCACGGUAGGACAGGCUCCCAAAUGUCGGAACGUUCCUGUUAACUUUGUGUUGGUCAAGCAGUCGUCCCCGUACAAUGUGUUCCUUGGGAGACCUGCUUUGAACGCCCUCCGAGCUAUUCCCUCCACUUUCCACCUCAGCGUCAAGUUCCCCACCCCUGGAGGGAUAACCGAGGUGCACGGCGAUCCAGAAAUAGCCAGAGCUUGCUACCUGACCACGCUCCGCGGGCAGGAAAAGGUGGUCGCCCAGACAACCAGUUUGGAGCCCUACAUCCCGGGGGAUGAGACCCAGCAGCUGGGCACCCAAGAUAAGGUCUUCGCUUGGUCGGUGGAUGACAUGCCCGGGAUUCCGACAGACCUGACAGUCCACCAUCUCAAUGUGUAUCCUCAUUUCAAACCGGUAAAGCAGAAGAAGAGGAGCUUCGCCCCCGAAAGGAAUGAGGUGAUCAGGGCGGAGGUCGGCAAAUUGCUGGAGUCCAGGAUCAUUAUGGAGGUCUACUACCCGACCUGGCUGGCCAAUCCCGUCCUGGUGAAAAAGGAGGACCAGACCUGGAGGAUGUGCGUUGACUUCACGAACCUCAACAAGGCCUGCCCGAAAAAGACUGCUUCCCCCUGCCAAGGAUCGACAGGUUAG